AUGUCGGACGCGCUCUCCGCCGGCUCCCGCUCCGAGCCCCCGGGCGGCGACGCCGCGCCCCGGGGUCCCGCAGCAAAUGAAGACUCAGCCCAAAAGACAGAGGUUGCAGAUCAGCUAGUUGAUUCUUUGGAGUCCAGUGCUUCGCAGAGCGGGUCACAGGCUUGGGCGCACCUGAGCGCGGGCACAACAGAGCAUUUGAAGGAAGAGAUUGGCACGCUGGGAGACCAGAAAGUGGCUGAACUAGAAGAGAACCUGCCUAACCAAACCAGAUCUAUCAGAAAGGAAGCCAUUCCAUUAACCAGAUACCAUGUGCCUCAGGGAAUAGGGGAUAUAGUCAUGAUUCAGUCAGAUCACACUGGUGCUGUGGAUAUCCUUUCAGCCGAGCUGGAGACUGCAGACCUCCUUGGGGAGCAGAGGAAAGCUCAGCCUCCCCCUCUGGCUCCACCCACCAUGUGGACCACUGAGAAGAUGAAGGAAUUCAAAGCUAAGAUUGGAAAGGAGAAGAAUGGCCGGAUGGUGGUGAAGCGAGGCGAGGUGGUGACAGUCCGUGUGCCAACCCAUCCUGAAGGGAAAUGCAUUUGCUGGGAGUUUGCUACAGAUGACUAUGACAUUGGGUUUGGAGUCUAUUUUGACUGGACCACAGUUACUAGCACUGCCAUUACUGUUCAGGUCAGUGAAUCCAGUGAUGAGGAGGAUGAAGAGGAGGACGAGGAAAUUGAAGGACUGUCCCCUGUAGGCGAUGUGGAACGGGGUUCCAAAAGCUACCUGCGGAACCGCUAUGGGGAGAUCAUGCCUGUGUACCGGAGGAACAGCCACCGGGAGGUACAGGCAGGCAGCCACGAGUACCCGGGCGAGGGCAUCUACCUGCUGAAAUUUGAUAACUCGUACUCUCUGCUCCGCAAUAAGACUCUGUUCUUUCACGUCUACUACACUAGCUGAAGAAGAGGGAAGGGGCAAGGAUGGCAGGAAGGUGAUGAGACCAGCUUAAGCCUGAUACAGUCCUCCCAGCCACCACUGGUGGCUGGCUAUUGCUCAAGCAGAAGUGGGAGGGGAGAGCACACUGUCAGCCAAAGCACCAAACAGAAGAAGAUGGAAUAGACCCUUCAGUCUGACCACAUUGCCCUACUCAAUGAUUGCUGUUGGUCCUUGGCUGUGAGAUCUGCAGAAUCCUGUGUGUGUGCUAGUUAACAUAUGAUGGACUAUUUGGCACCUACUCCACUUUUUAACUAGGACUUAUUUAUUGUUGAAGGGAUCUCUGGCCUGUAUGUACAUGAGAUAUUCCAGAAUUGUUGAUCCUCAGCUGCACAGCUUGUUGUAGGCUAGUGGGUUAUCUCCAUUUAAAACUAUACUGUGGCAUCCCUGUUGCUAGCUUGCAGCUACUUCCCUCUUCUGUCUGUUGCUCAUAAUAAGGUGUGAAAUGCAUUUUGGCAUGUUUUAAAAAAUUAAUAAGGCCUGCCUUACAACCAGUUUAAUCACUUGGUGACAUAGAGAUAGUAUGUGCCAGUUUUCAAGCCAUUAGUUAAUGGGGUUUUUUUUUAAGAUAAAUUGCACUGUAAAUGGCAAACCUUUUCUUCAGUUCUUGCUUUCUGAAGUGUGGACCAAUCUUUAAUAAGACUCGAGUCACUCUUUUGGAACUGUGUCCAUCUACUUGGUCUCACUGACUUAAGCCCAAAAGCAGCAUUGAGUGUGGGAUGUCAUCCCAAUGAGUGUGUGCCCAGCCUGCAAAUGCAGCCUGCCCACAGACAGGCCUGCUGCAGUGGAACCAAAAGCAUUUGGUGUGUGUUGUUUCACUGCUUAAGUUUCCCAGAAGUAUCUUAUGACACAAGAUAGUUUUAGGAAUAUUUAAUCUUCAGGAGAGCAUCACAGUUGUACAGGAUAAUUCCUCUUCUUGUUUAUUAUAUUUCCACAUUAUACAAGUAUGUAGUUUUUCAGAUAUUCAAAUAGCAUUCAUUAUCGAAGUGACAACUUCUUUUUGGAAGGAUAGAGAGUUUUUUAUUAAUUUUCUGAUAAAUCCAAUACUUUGUCUGUGUAAUUAGUGAUUAACAGCAGCCAUUCCCAUUCAAUAUCAAACCCACAGUUGUUUCAGAGAAACAAUCUUAUUUUGCAUGUGUAAUAUUUUCAGUUUGGUAUUUGUAUUCAAUCCUGCUAGCUGCCUUAGGCAGUUAUGGUAGCCCUACUUAUUUAAAUAGAGAUCUUUGGAAUUAGACCUUGGGUCAAGAAAGAAAAAUAAAGUUUAAAUGCAGUUGAACUUCAGAGAGGGGAAAAUAAUUCUCAGGAAAGGAAAAUUUCUUCUUUGUUUCCAUGGAAGGAAGAUUUUAAUUAGGUUUUUAAUAUAUGUUUUCUUUCCUUCUAAAUUGUCUCUAGAAAUUCAGAAAACUAAAUCAAGGAAGAAGUUUCUUUUGCAUUUUGGGUUUGCUUUUGUGAAAGCACAAAAUUAUUUUCCAUUUUGUUUUGAAUAUAAUUUAGAUCUAAAUAAAAUUUACAUGUUCAGAGACAUAUCCUGUAACAAAGGACUUGUAUAAAAAUUACCUUGCGUAAGUGUUUAGUUAUAAUAAUGGUACAAAUCUGUUGGACAUUUUUUGUCAGAGAAGGUAAUAAGCUGUCCAUUGUUUUCUCUUUUUUGCUUUAGGUGUAAUGUAGCAGCAGGAGUUUAAAAUGUAUGUGUUAUAUCGAGAGCAGAGAAUUAAAAUUGCUUAAAUCAAGGACCACUAAUGGUACUGCUUACGUGUACUCAGACUCUUUGGAGGCCUGUAACACAUGUUCUCAGGAAAGGUUACUGGUGUCAGACACAGGCUUGUAGAAAAUUAAUGCUCGGGAUCCAUUUAAUAUGCACAAGCAGGUAGGAUGAAAAUGUGUUAAGAGGAAGAGCUUAGUUACCUGACUUCAGGUGCUAAGAAGGUUGAGUUACUAUGCACUAGUCUAGAAGGCAGCCACAUGCCUUUCUUUGUGGCUCUACCCUGUCAGAUUGUCUCCUUGUACCUGUGUGUGCAUGUAACCUCCAUCAAUGGCCUGCAGUGGGUCAGUCAUUGUGGUGCUAAACCUGGUGAGGUGAAUUUGAAGCAAACCUUAUUACAGGUCUAGCUGCUGAAAGAUUUUGUCCUUGUGGGGAAUUAGGGUAGAUAAUGAAUCCCUAAAUGAGUUCACGUUCAUCCCCACUGUUUAUACUCUUCCUUCUUGUCUCACUACCCCUAUUAAAGCCACUCUACAGAGGAUUUAUCACGAGGUGCCUUAGGAAUAAAGAGCAUGUCUGAAAUAAGAACCAUAGGUGUCAUUAACACAGGAGAUUUUCUCUUAUUUCUCUGCCCAUUUGGGUAGGGGGUGAUACUUGCUAAGGUCAGGCAGGGAGAGUCCCUCUAGGCUGUUCCUGGAGGUCUGAUCUGUUCAUAGACCGCCUUGUUGCUGUAAGAUGAGUAGUACAAUGGAAUUUGAAUUUCCUGGUGCCAUACAUUCUUUGCCUUCAUAUGCUGCUGUCAGAUGUCUAGGAACACCAGAGGACUACUCCUUUUGAUAUGCUGACACUAAACCCAAGGACCAGGGGAACGGUAGAUAGACACAAAAAAGAGUUUCUUAUGGUCAUUCAUAAUUUUCUCUAAAAAGAGUGUUGAAAUCCAGAGUUGUAAGUGGUGUGUGCUUAUGCAUAUUGAGUGUGGAUGAGAGAUCAAAGCAACAAAGUUUUUUGUUUGUUUGUUUUUUAUUUCUAUAAGUGUGAAAGAAAAUACUAUUUCUCCUUAUAUCUAGGAAAAUCUCAUAUCUAUCGGGUGUGACAAUGUCAUGUAGACAUUGUCUACAUGAGAAUGAGAACUUCACAACUGGCAGAAUUAAGAACUGGGAACUGAUUGUAUUAAAUACAUUGCUAAUUAGACUGCGAAAGAAGACAGGAGUUUAUCAGGAGUUAAAGUGCUAUGGCAUUUAUCUAAAGACAUUGAUUUGCAGUAAAUACCAAUUAAAUAAAGUUUUGGAAGAUACAUAAAACAGCAGAGUUCAAAUGUAUAUUGCAAGAAGAGUUUUCUGGGGUUAUAGUCCACAUUUGCUUGGAGAAAGUAUCUGGCUAUGUAAUCUGAAACUGUUGCUGUUGCAGCUGAAGGUGCAUCAGGCCAGGUGGAUGGUGGAUCUGAGUCCCCUUGGCUUUUCUAGGUUCCAUUCUGGAUAUUACAUGUUGCUUUCUCAGAUUCAUCAUACAUUAAAUGUAGCCUUUAUUGGGAAGCGAGGAAGAAUUUUCUGAUGCAUCAGUGAGAGUUAUCUGUUUUAAACCCAUCUGGACUGGUGAGUCAAGUCCCUUGGACAAGAAACAGGAUGCCAGACACAAAAUUCAGAGCUAAGGAGACAUUGCCAAGUAAUGACCUUGACAUUUAGAAGCUGUGUUUGGAAAUUAUAAAUAUCUGGAGAUAACCUCCUUGCAACCUCCAAGAUGCUCUGGGGACAUCUCUCCUCAGAGGGAAGCAGGCUGCUUUCCACUCACAGCUCCAGGCCAUUAGCACAGGCUUUCAAUGGGGAGCACCUUGUAGCUUGUCAUACCUUUUUCAGACCUAUGCUCUUGUGAACUAUGAUGGUUGUAUGUCAGUCCUUAUCUAUGUGAUGUGAAUAUUUUUGAUGUCCUGUGAUUUCAAAAUUGAGUUCUCAGCACCGUUUGCUUUUCAUGCACUCACCAAGAGGUGAGUUUUAAAUAGAGGAUAUUUUAACAAAAUGUGGCACUGGACUCUUUCUGAAGGGCACAUAUGAAGGCUAUAUUUAUAGUGUGCUUGCAUUCCUUCUACAAUUGGUUUGUAUUGUUUGUAUUUGAUGUGUUGUCGUUGAUUUGUAAUAAUAUAUUGGAACUUACUCCCGUUAAAUAAACUUUUCACU